AAGAAGAAAAAGAUUACGAAAAAGUUCAAAAUGAAGACUAUUCAAAUCCUCCUACUAAGAAGGAAUUAAUAGGGUGGUAUUUUCAUAAUUUGGGUGUAAGUGUUUUCAUUCCAUUUUUUUACGAAUGUGCAAAACAUUCUGGCGCAUCUUCUGCUGAAAUCAAAGCGUUGGAAGAUAAAAUUGCCACACAAUUAUCUUCUUAUUCAAUGGUUGCUGAUUUUACUGGUGGUUUGGUAGUAUUAAUUGCAGGAUUAGGAAUACUUUUAGCAAUGAAUGACUUGACCGAUUCGAUUG